ACUCCAUGCGGGCGGGCAGGUGGCGGCAUAAAUGGCCUUGGAUUUUGGACUUGCCUCGGUACUGUAAAUACCCGAUGAAUCGUUGCUGACUUACCUUAUUCCAUCAAGCCUUUAUGGUUUUGACGUUGGUCGAUCUAUGCGUGUAGACGACGUCCAUUUCAAGAACAUUUGUUUCACUAUUCUUACGAUCGCCUUUCGCUUUUGCCAUGUCUUUCCUGGGGGGCGCUGAGUGUUCGACUGCCGGCAAUCCGCUCACGCAGUUCACCAAACAUGUUCAAAGUGACAAUACUCUGCAGCGGGAUCGCCUCGUUGGGCGCGGUCCUGGUGGGAUCGAAGAGGGUAUGCGCUCUCGCAUGGCUCCCAAUGGAUCCGACCAGAUGAUGAAUGAUUUCAUGCACCAGUCCAACCAAUUGCCACAACCCUUUGCCAUGGAACAACUCCGACAAGAUCUACCUAACCUUCAGAGCAUGACCCGACGGUCACCUUCGCCCGGUUGGUCAGCCGAAUUCGAUCCUGGGGAACAAGCAAGAAUGGAAGCCGCUUUUGCCAGCUCCAAAAUGGCCGGACAGAGACCAGGCACUUUCUCGCCGCAAGAGUUCGCACGAUUCCAACAGUCCACUCCGCAACGAAUCGCCAGCCCCGUCACACAAACACCCUCUAUGAUGAACUCCUACCAGAGACCGAUGGGAAUGGGUUAUAUGAGUGGAAUGAAUAUGGGAAUGAACCAAUCGUAUGGUGGGUCUCAAUAUAUGCAACAACAACCAGAACAAACAACAGACAAGGGAAAGGGCAGGAUGGUCGAACUCGACGAUGCAAACUGGGAAGCACAGUUCAAAGAACUCGAAACACAACAAGAUAAUAUGUCAGAACAGGCGAACCAGGCAAUAGAGAAGGAACUUGAGCAGAUUGACAGACAAAUGACCGAAGACGCUGCUGAUUUCGACAAUGCAUUUUCAAGCGAAGACUUCGCUGCCUGGGACAAUUUUGACUCAACUAUGGGCAUGAACACUCACAAUCCCUUCGAGCGAGAGCCAAUGUUGGGCGAUUAUAUGUUCGAACAACAAAACCCAUACCUUGAGAACUCUCAAGUUACAAAGACGGCGUUUGAGCAAGGUCAAGAAAUCUUAGAAACGCACGGCAAUCUAUCCCUCGCAGCCUUAGCAUUCGAGGCUGCCGUACAACAAGACCCGAACCACGUGGAGGCUUGGGUAUUAUUAGGCUCCGCUCAAGCCCAGAAUGAAAAGGAGGCACCCGCCAUACGGGCUCUCGAACGAGCACUUCACUUGGACCCGAAUAAUUUGGAUGCUCUAAUGGGCCUAGCCGUGUCCUAUACCAACGAAGGCUACGACAGCACCGCAUACAGGACAUUAGAACGAUGGCUCAGCGUCAAAUAUCCUCAAAUACAUCCACCCGAUAAUCUGUCAGAUGCUUCUGAGAUCGGUUUCACAGAUCGUGCGGUCUUACAUGAGCGGGUGGCGGAUCUCUUCAUCAAGGCAGCUCAACUCUCACCCUCCGGUGAGCAAAUGGAUCCUGAUGUCCAGGUUGGCCUGGGUGUACUGUUCUACGGCAACGAGGACUUCGAAAAGGCUGUCGACUGUUUCAAAGCUGCUCUUGCCUCGACAGAAACUGGCCUUGCCAACAGAGAGGGCCAGGUCCAUCUAUUGUGGAACAGAUUGGGCGCAACACUCGCGAACUCCGGCCGAUCUGAAGAUGCCAUCUCUGCAUACUGCAAGGCGCUGGAAGUCAACCCCAACUUCGUCCGUGCCAGGUAUAAUCUGGGAGUUUCCUGUAUAAACAUUGGUUGUUACCCCGAAGCAGCUGGUCAUCUGCUGGGUGCACUGAACCUGCACCGCGUUGUCGAGGAGCAGGGCAUGGACAAAGCCCGCGAACUCAUGGGCGACGGCAGUCCCGGCAUUGGUGACGACGAUUUGGAACGGAUGAUACAACAAAAUGAAAGCACGAACCUUUACGACACUUUGAGACGAGCAUUCACGGGUAUGGGGAGACGAGACUUGACUGAGCGGGUAGGUGCUGGCAUGAACCUAGAUCAGUUCAGAGGGGAAUUCGAGUUCUAAAGUGGUGGAAAGUGCAUAGACAAAACGGUAUAUGCAUAUGCAUGAGUUCUAGCCGGCAAGAUCAGUCGCUUGAAUUGAUUGCCCUUCCUCUUAUCUCAGCCUUGUCACUCUAGUUCGUUCAGCC